GGUAGUUAUUGUUUACACGCUGCUGGGGACUCAUCAUGGCUGCGCCCUCCACGUCCCCACGACCAUUCUCAGUAUCAACAAUUCCACACCAUUUGCUUGUUCCCUGCGUGCCAGCCGGAAGACGAGUUACGGCCUCUAAGAGCGGAGGAUCUUUCCAUCUUGCGCUCAAAGAAACUGAAAAGAGAGAUUCAGUGCUGACAUCAAAGCAACAAAUUGACCGCCUCUUACGACCAGGCGCUUCAUAUGCCAACCUGAACCCAUUUGAAGUAUUGCAGGUGGACCCAAGGACUCCCAUCGAUGAUAUCAAGAAAAAAUUUAGGAGGAUGUCCAUCCUUGUUCAUCCAGACAAAAAUCAGGAUGAUUCAGAGAGAGCUCAAAAAGCAUUUGAUGAGCUAACUAAGGCCUGGCGAUGCCUAGAGAAUGAGUCCACUCGUCAGAAGUGCUUGGAUAUAGUGGAAGAAGCUGAGGCCAUAGUGGCUAAAAGGAUUGAAGAACGCAAGAAACAGCUGAAACGUGAGGGCAAAGAUGCACGUGUUGAUGAGGAUGAUCCUGAAAAAUUGAAGCGUGCCGUUUAUGUUCAAACAAUGAAACUUUUUGCUGAUAUGGAGCGAAAACGUCGGCAACAAGAAACACGUGACCAAGAAGAAAGAAAAAGAAAAAGAGAUCUAGAGAUAGAAGAGGAAGAACAGAAAAAGGCAGAAAAGGAAUGGCAAAAGAAUUUUGAGGAAUCAAGAGUAAACCGUGUUAAUAGCUGGAAAGAUUUCCAGAAAGGAAAGUCUGCGAAGAAGUUUAAAGGAUUCAAACCCCCAAAGCACAAGGCUGAGGCAAGAGAUUAGCAAUAUAGUUUAGGACACUUCUUAUGUUAAGAAGCUUUCUUUCUUUAUGUCUUGGCCUGAGUCCAUAAAAGUCACUACGUGUACCAAGGUCAACUGACUAAUUGGAACUACUCUCUAGUUUGACAUUUAUAUAUUUGAUUUUAAUAUAAUGAUAAUUUUACUAUGCUAGUGUUCUAGUGGUGGCUUUUUGGAAUUCAUGUCCAUGACCUGUGUUCAAUAAGGAAAGAAUAAAUGAAUUUACCAUAAAAAACACUUUUAGAAAGAAAUUUGUGCCCCAAAAGAUUAAUGGUUGGUAGUCCUGAAAACCAGUAUUAUUAAAAGUAAUACUGUACAUGACUUUUAAUUCUAAAUAUUUUGGGAAUUUGUAAUGGUAACUGAACUAAUAAUUAGGAGAUUCAUAAUCACAAAAUAGUAAUAUUUUUUAAAAGAGUCCACUAUUUUAACAGUCGCUCAAUCACAUUUUACUUAUUCAUAUCUAAUUUAUAAAUGGUUUAGAAAACUUUCUCACUUUUUUUAAUUGUACCAUUAAUUUAGAUCAUGUGAUGUUACUUACAGUGUGAUAAUUCAUUACCAAUUAUAAUAUCUGCUGAUCAUCUAAGUAGCGAAAGUUAUGUAUACAGGUUUGAAGGGCACAGUCAUCGUUACUUCAUGAACUUUCAAAUCUCCGUAAUUCUCAGAUUUUGGGAAAUUAGAAAGAUGACUCCUUAGUGUGUCACAUUGAAUAACUUUAGAGAAAUUAAAAGAAAUUAAAAUGUAUUUAAAACUGGACCAUACAUGGCUGGAUAAGAAAUUUUUGCUUUUAUUGAAGUACAGGUAAUCCUUGACUUACGACCUACUCAACUUACGACCACCCGGACAUACGACCGCCGCAGUCGUACCAAUUUUUUUCUUCAAAUUACGUAGUUUAUAGUCCCGACAUUAGUGAUUACGCUGUGU